UAAUUUCUCAAAUCUUUUCACCAUCAGCACAGUUGCGUUAGCUGGAAGAAUGACCCUUUGUGUUUUUUCAUUGAUAAUCUUUAGCGACUCGAGUUUUAUUAGAGGAUUGUUCGACCAACAAGAGGGCAUCAGCUACUGGGAUAGUCCAAGAGUUAGAUUUCCUGACAAAUAUGUAUUUACUAUUGCUGUGAUUAUGGUGUAUGGUGCAGUGGUUAGUGCUGAGGGGUUACUGUCUCUCCUACUGGGAAAAGUCCAUGCUACAUUGAUGGGAGCAACAGGACUUCUGUCAGGAAUUGGUUACUGCUACAUCUCUAUUAUUGCUUCCCCUGCAAUGAUGACUAUAAUCACAGGUCAUGUCACCUACUAUGGUGAAAUUUUGAUGGGUUUUACCUUGGGAGCAGGCUUACUCUCUGUGAUACAUGGCAUCAUUACCUUGAUACAACCGAAAAGAGUGGUGUCUCCAUUGAAUAUUCCCGGUAUUCUUGAAAAAGCAUCCGUGAUCAAAGAUGCCUUCCAGAGACUUGAAAAUCAUGCAUCUGCAGCUUCAUUACAUCAUGGCAAUGUGCUUACAGGCAUUGAAAACAUACUUCCUGGAGGUUCUGGCAUUUAUGACUGGAAACUAGCUUUGCUUUCACUCAUCUCACUGAUCCUAGCAUCUGUUGGAGCUGGUGGGCGUCCUUGGUCUCAAUGGCCUAAUUAUGUUCUUAUUGGCAGUAAUAUGACAGUUUUAUCCAGAAUUCUGCCUUCCGUCAUUGCUAAAGAGGAAGAGAAGCCAUCUGCCUUCAAGACUCUGCUUAUUAGCAUCGUAGAAGGACUUCCUUCAUUGGUUGGUGCAAUUGGAGGAUGGUUUGCCUAUGAUGGCCCUAUCAUUGCAGCUGGUGUGAUAACCUUCAUAAUUACCCUCUUAGAGCUGAGGAUCUUGAUAUCAGGCCUCAAGGUUAAUGUGUCUUUCCACAAGGAAGACAGGCAACUCCUUCAGAAUGAAGAAGGACAGGCAGAACAGUCUGAGGAUGAGGCCGUCUUGGUGCCAGUCGUGUGAUUUUUUUGCAUUUUCUUUUGUAUAAUCUUUAUAUGUGAGCAUUAGAAGCUUUUAAGUAUAACCACAGCUUUAAAUGUUGAAGGGACACGUCAGCAUGGGAUUUAUGUGUAAUUAGCAUUUACUCUGAUUUUAUAUUUUAUAUAUAUAUUUUUUUUCUUAUUUUUCUUAACCCAUUGCUGAUGAGGUAAAUGAACAAAAAAUGGGGAAAAUGCUGUGCUCAUUUUUUAUAUUUUUUUGUGAAAUGUCUCUACACAUAGAUGGUUCUGCCUUACCUGAUUUCAGCUUUCCUUGAAUUGGCGGGAAUAUGUAUUUUUUACUAGUGUUAUGAAUUUUGAUGGUGUUAUUUUUAUUAUAAACAUUAUUAUUACUAUAAUGUUAUAAGCAUAAUAAUAGCAAAAUAAGAUGAUGUAAAAUAUUUCCAAAAAUUAAAGAAAAGGGUGAACGGGCAAGACAGGCAGUACCCGUAACUGGCUCAUUGGUGAUUUAGUACAAGUCUAGCCCUCUAUUUGUAAAAACAAUCAAAUAAAUAAUCUCACAAUGGGCAUGACAUGGCAUGCCUGUCGGCAAUGGGUUAAAUCUUGUCCUUAGAUAAAAAAGUGUCAUUUUAAAUCUUUCUUAUCUCUUCAAACCUUCCAGGACAUGUAAUACAGGACCAUAAAAUACAUGGACAGGUUCAUGCACUCUCAUUUUUCCUUUUGUUUGAUGGCUUUCAAGAGACUAUAGAACAAGUAAUUGCUCCCCUGGUGAAUAAGUCCUUUUGGAGUUAUGUGUGUAAACAGAGUUAGUAAAACAAAAUCAUAGUGAAUAGUGCGUAAAUGCAUGCAUAUCAUUAUAGAAUAUUUCUCUGGUUAAGGGGACAGUACCAGAAAACUUGCAAAAGUCUUUGAUUAAACACACCUAAAAAGAUAAGCAUGGUUUCUUUUGUAGUGGAGAAAAAUGAAAUAUUUUUUAGCUAUGAUUAUUGUAAUUAACUCUCUAGGGGGUAGUGCCCUCCUCCAAAAAACAACUUUUGAUAAAUAUUCCAGUAGGCCUAGGGGCAGCACCACAGCCUACAAUAUUAGUCUGAUUUUAAUACUAUUUUGUUUGAAAGUACUAUUUAUUACCUCAGAACUGUUGGUCUCUGAUAUUGGAAUUUCCAUUUUACAUUGGUGUAAAAUUGCAAGUGAUUAAAGCAAGAAUAAAAGUAUAGGGAUCCCCCUCCCCCUUCUUCUCCCUUUAGAAAAAGGAGAUAGAAUGACAGUCAAACUUUUUGCGUGAUAUAGUUGAGAGGGCCAAACUUAGCUUCUAGCUUCUAAGCAGUUGCAAAAGUUGGCAUCUACAAGUGUGAGAUUCCCCUGAUCUGCAUCAUGUGAUUUAACAGUUGUAGAAAUGCAAAUAAUGCAACUCCUACAAAAAAAAAUUGCAGUUUCAUUAUUUCCACUACAGGUCACAAUUUUUUUUUUUUUUUUUUUUUUUUUUUUUUUUUUUUUUUUCCAGAUUUGUUCAUGUCGGCUAUCAGAGCAAACUUUGGUCAUAUUCUAGCUAAUAUCUAUUGAUAAUGUUGUAUUAGUAUAUCUUCAAAAUCCCUGAAGACAUGAGAUCAGUAAUUGUAGCUUGCAAUUUGAAAUCUUCAUUUCUGAUAAUCCUUUAUUACUGAAAAAAAGUUGUUAAACAAUUUUAUAGUAGUGUAAGGUUUAUGUUCAAAUUAGACUACCACAUGACUGGCCACACACACAGAUAGCAAAAAAUGUGGCAGAUAAAGAUUCAUGCCUGAAGUGAAAUGAGAUCUAAUAAAUUAAUAAUAAAUAGAUUGUCUGUAUAAUGAUUUGAUAUAUUGUGCUGCCAGAAUAUAUAGAGUUACACAUUUAGGUGAGGAAAUGUUAAAUCAAAUUAACGUACAAAUUGUUCUUCCUAACCAGUAUUUAAGUAAAGGUGACCUGGAGGAUGACUCAAUUCAGUGGUGAACCAUAAUGUAUGGCCAGAUAAUUGUUUCCGACCAAGUUCUAGAGAUUCUUAGUACAGAAUUCCUGAAUGUAAAAGUUUAUUGUAAGAAAUUAAGUAAAAAAAAAAUAAUAAUAAUAAUCAUCAUCAAGUUAUGGCAACCAGAUUCCAUAACCCUCCCCAAUGUUCUGGAAAUGUUUGUAGUUUCCUAUGUAUAUGUAGCUUAAGUCUGGAUUUUUCUAUUUUCUUUAUUAAUUUGUAUUGUUAGCCCAUUCAGCACAGAUGACAUCCAUUCUUGCUAUGAUAACUGAGCAGCAUUAAUGAAUGACUGUUAAAGCUGUGUAUACAUUCCGCCCCUUCUUCUACCCCACACUCGCCUCCACCUACCUGUGCCUCUACUCCUCAGACACCAGUCUCCUCUUACCCCCUCACAAGAAAACCUUUGUCUCACAAAACUCCCUAAUCAACUCCUUUAUAGAAACUCUUUAAGAUAUUCAAAACUAUCUACUAGAGUCCCAAACUAACACCAAAACUUGCACUCCCUCCACACUCAAAGUGGCUGCCAAUAUCUAUCAUCCUCCUACUCAUAUUCCCCUAUACCCCUCCUACUCCCUCCCAACACAGCCCAUCCCCCCCCAGCUCCACCUACAUUAACCCUUCCGCCAUCCCCUCUAUCCCUUCCAAUCCCUCCUGGAAACACAGGUAAAUCCCUUUUCUCAUAACUAUUCCCUUCCCCAGAUCCUCCUCCUCCUGAGACCCCUCCUGAGACCCCUCCUGAUACAACACUGCCUCCCCCCUCUCAUUCCUUAUCUCACUCCCUAGCUCCUUCCCCUUCAAAUUCUCCAACAUGCACUAUAACCAUCAUCACUCAUAGAUCAGCUACAGUAGAGCUCUCCUACAUUGGAGUAUUUGUGGUUUCUCACAGGCCUGACCUUCGUCACAUCCUUUCUUCUUAUAACCAUCCAUUAUCUGGUUUCAAGAGACUUUUAUCACAAACUUUCUGCUUUGACAACCUGUUCUCCUUCCUCAGAAGCAUACAUAUCCUUCUCUUGAUCUAACCCCUUUAUCAAACACGACCUUAACCCAUCCACUCAUCAACUCCUUUGCCCAGCUUUAACCUUUUCAAUAUUAAUCUAGAUAGCUGACCUAUAGCAUCUAACCACAAACAGCCCUUCAGUACCCUUUACUAUACCUUACUAUAGUGCUACAUAACCUUAGAUGUCUAGCACAUUUAUUUUGCUCUUAACCAUUAAUGCUGAGUAAAAUUUAUUUCCUUUUCCACAACUAUUUUUAUGCACUAUAACUAUAAAAGCCUAUAUACAAUGGCAGUAUGUGUGUUAAAGACCUGAAUAGGCUGUAAUUGAUGUUUUGCCAGCCAGCAGCAAUUAUGUGCUUGACAUUGUGUAAAAUGCAAAUAAACAAGCUUCAUAUUAGCAGAUGGUUCUUUUUCUAAUGAUAAUCGUAAGUGCAUGUACAUGUGCAUUACUAAUGGUAAUUAGAAUUAAAAGAUCUUGCAAAGAAGUGAUAUCUUUGGGAAAAAUAUAUAUUUUCAUGAUAAUAUAAAAUUAUGACGUGUUAAUUGACUUGGUACUAAGAAAUAGUAAUAAAUUUUGUAACAUUUUUCUAACUGAUUUAUAUUGGCAUUAAUCCAUUUUAUAUUCUUAAAAAAAUAAAUUGUAGCUUGCU